AUGACUGAACCUUUUAAAAAUACCACUCUCGAAAGUAAUGACGCUUUCAAGUCAGCUGAAGAAAAUUUCUCCUUACUUCAAGAAAGCUACCCAUCACCUGAAAAAACUGUAAUUUCUAAUAUCACUCCUAGCAGAAAAGAUACUAGCAAGCGAACAGGAUUUUUAGAUGAAAAAGAAGUAAUCUUAAAUCAAAAGGAUACUA